AUCAUCUCCAAGCAGAAGUUAGGCAAACAUGGGAUACUUUGUGUAAUGUUAUCAUGAGCAGUUUUGUUAGCCACAACACCUCUUUUUUGAGCACACCUUCUUCAUAGUGCUGAUGGCGGUUGUCGAUAGUGGCUACCGCUUCGUUUUAAUCGACGUUGGGGCCGAGAGACGGCAGAGCGAUGGGGGAAUCUUCAAGGCAUCUGAUUUUGGGCAAGCUCUCGAGAACGGCACCCUCAACAUCCCCGACCUGGGCAAGCUCCCCCGGUGCCAGGAUCCUCGACUAGCCUCUCACGUCUUCGUCAGGGAUGAAGCAUUUCAACUAAGGCCCGAUUUUCUGCGGCCAUAUCUCGCCAAGGACCUGACCGGGGAGAAGCGGGUGUUCAACUACAGGUUCAGCCGAGGAAGAAGGUGCGCUGAAAAUGCGUUCGGCAUAAUGGCGGCUCUGUGGAGAAUCCUGUUGCGGACGAUCAACCUGAUUCCACAAAGUCUGGAUUACGUCGUCAAGGCCACGUGUGUGUUGCACAACUACCUGCUGGAACACUGCGAGCAUCCUGAAGGCUAUGCAGAUAAGGACGAUAGUUUCGGGAACACUACAGAAGGGUCCUGGAGAGCGGAAACGUCGGAGGCUUCGAAGAAGCUGCUCUUCUCGAUGCAGCCGACAUUUUCUCGCAACUUCUCAGAUGAGGCUGGGGCAGCUAGAGAAGUAUACAACCACUACUUCUCUUGUCCACCAGGAGAGGUUAAGUGGCAGUGGAAGUUGCCUGGUGUAGACAAAGAAAAAAUCCAGAGAGGCCUCGUGCAGAAAGGUGCAAUGAUGAAGUAAAGCCAUGUUCCAAAUUUGGUGUUGGAAGAAUCGUUAAGAGCUCCAGUGAUGAAAGUGGCAUUCAACCUUUUGUAGCAGGUUCUGUAGCAGACAAAACAUUAGUUUGGGGCAGUCACUGAUUCUUUUGGAGCAGAUGCCAACAUCAGUUAG